AUGGGUUGGUUAUCAUGGAAUAAUCGAUUGAGAGUAGCUCAAGAAGUUGUCGGUGCGCUUGCAUACCUUCAUUCAGAAACUAUUAUGCCAAUCAUACAUAGAGAUGUCAAGUCUACUAACAUAUUAUUAGAUGAUAACUACACCGCAAAAAUUGCAGAUUUUGGUGCUUCAAGGCUAGUCCCAUUAGAUCACGAUCAAGUCACUACUCUUGUUCAAGGCACGCUAGGGUACCUUGAUCCUGAAUACUUUUACACAAGCCAACUAACCGACAAGAGUGAUGUAUAUCGCUUUGGAGUGGUACUUGCAGAACGUUUAACAGGGCAAAAACCCCUUUGUGCAAAAAAGAACCGAAGAAGAAAAGAAUCUACCAACAUACUUUGUCAAGGCAGUGAAAGAAAACCGCCUAUUUGA